AUGGUUCAUGCUUCAAAAGAUGGAGCUGUUACACAGAAAAUGUAUUUAAGGCAAGGAAAAUGGAGUACUUCCUGGAAUGAAAUUUUCAUAGACCUCAACUCUCCAGGUGCUAAGAACCAGGGUUCUCUUGAAAAAGGAUUCAAACCCACUCAAACUUCCGGUUCUCAAAAAGGAUCACAACAUGUUCACAAUUACAUAUUGAAUCUGUGGAAUACCAAAAUUUUGUCUGAUGUCACUUUCAAUUGCCAAGGAAAAUCCAUCAAAGCUCACACCUUGAUCCUGGCUUCUGGUAGCCCUGUUCUGGCUGCCAUGUUUCAAAAUGACUUUAAAGAAAAACAAGAAAGAGUUGUCGACAUCACAGAUAUCGAAGCAAAAAUUUUUGAAAAUCUUUUACAACAUAUCUACACUGGAGAGGUAGCCCUAGAAAAUGAAGUGGAAGAUGUAGCCGAGUUGCUGAUUGCUGCCGACAAGUACGCCGUUGAAACAUUGAAAGAAGAAUGUGCACUGUAUUUGUCAAAUGACUUAAAAGUGGAAAACGCCGCACGCUAUCUAGUAUUGGCUCACCUUCACAAUUUAACCGUGCUUCACGAGGCUACACUUCAGUUUAUGUCGGAGAACGCUAAAGCCGUUUGCUCUCGCAAGGAAUGGAUGAAUGUUAUCAAGAAUUAUCCCGAGCUCAGCUUUGAAGCCACUCAACGUAUGGUCGGCCUGUGA